AUGGGUCUGUUUUUGCUCGCACUAUGUGCUGGACUUCAAGUUAUAGUAGCUCAGACUCAGUCAGAGGCUAGUGUUCCUUGUUACGACGAGUUAAAUCGCCCUCAGAGGUGCCAACCUCCAUUCGUGAACGCCGCCUAUGGCAAACUUGUAGAUGCCACGAACACUUGUGGCGUUACUUCGGAGACCGAGUACUGCUUGCAAACUGGAGUUACUGGUGCCAGAAAGUAUUGCUACUCUUGUUAUGACAGAGAUGCCGGGAGGAGACAUCCACCGUCCUAUCUCACGGACUUUAACAACAAUUACAACUGGACAUGGUGGCAAAGUGAAACUAUGUUGGAGGGAAUUCAGUAUCCCACUGUUGUCAACCUGACUCUGCAUUUGA